AUGCGGUCAAUCACCGCUGCUUGCCUGCGCUUGUUCUGCUUUCAUAGACGCCGCUGGUCCUCCAUGUUUCUGCUUCUUAUUUCGUGUCUGCUGCUGCUCUUUCUGUCUUUUUCUGGGUAUCUGGAGGAGUGUUUGUCUCGAGCAUUGCCCAUCUUCUACCCAAACCCUUCUCCGCUUUCCCCUUCUCGACUCUCAAGCAUUCCAGUGCCGCCGUUCCUGCUCUCUCCUGCCAAUGCUUGUUCACCGCCCCCCCUGCUCCUCAUCUUAGUCUCCAGCGCCCCUUCCCAUAGGGAUAGAAGAGAUGGAAUCCGGCAGACUUGGGGGAGUCUCUCUUCUGCGACUGCUUCUUCGUCUCUGACCCUGUUUGUCUUGGCGGUUCCUGAUAAAGCAGAAGAACGGUCAGCCCUGGUGCACGAGGCCGUCACUCACGGAGACAUCAUUCAAGCCAACUUCACGGACUCUUACCGGAACCUGACGAUCAAAACCCUGACCGGAUUGGCGUGGGCCGUGCAAAAGUGCCAAGGGGCUCGAUUUGUGCUCAAGACCGAUGACGACGUCUUUGUCAACACUCUGGCCUUGUCUUCCUUUCUCAAAGAUCAGCAGGGACUUCGGUAUCUUGGUCGGGUGCACUGGCACGUCGCUCCCUUACGGGAUCCAGAAAAUCGCCACUAUACCGCACGUGAGCUUUACACCGGCAGCCAUUUCCCCCCGUAUUGUAGUGGCACAGGCUACAUUUUGUCCCACGGAGCAGUGGGUCACCUGCUGCAAGAAGCCGGUAAUGGCCCUUGGCCUUCGCUGGAGGACGUCUACAUAGGCAUUCUGGCAAAGCAGGCCGGUAUUGCCCCCCGACAAGUUGCUAAGAUAGCAGGUGCCUCGUCCAUACCGCACAACAGUUGCUGUUACCGCACCAUGUUUACCUCCCACAAACUUACACCCCGUGGCAUGCAGGAGGCCUGGAAUAUGGUGAAAGGGGAAGAGGAACACUGGUGCCCCCCACUAACUCUACUCUUCUGUAGGUCAUUUGGGCAGCCGUUGGAUAAAGGAGAAAAUGGGGACAGUUAACAAGUUGGCGCUACGCUU